AUGGCCACGCACGAGACCCUCAACCACAACGCCGUCCCUCCAGCGGACGUGGAGAAGGAUGUGCACACGUCCGGCGCUGACCACUACAACGGCGUUCAAGCAGACCAAAACGCAGCAUACGCGCGACAGACCGGGCCCUUCACCCGCGUUGCCGACUACCAGAAUAUGACUGAAGGUCAAGCGCAGGCGUUCGGCGGCACCCUCCAGCCCGGCCUCUGGAAGCCGUACGAGCACAGAAAGUUCGCCAACCCGGCGCCCCUCGGCCUCUCGGCCUUCGCCCUCACCACCUUUGUCCUCUCCUGCGUCAACCUGCAGGCCCGCGGCGUCAAGGCGCCCAACAUUGCCGUCCCCCUCGCCUUUGGCUACGGCGGUCUCGUUCAGCUCCUCGCGGGCAUGUGGGAGAUGGCGGUCGGCAACACUUUUGGCGCCACCGCCCUGUCGUCCUACGGCGGCUUCUGGAUCGCGUACGGCAUCCUCCUGACCCCGGCCUGGGGCAUCAUCGCGCCGGACGGCCCGUACGCGGCCGACUACUCGGACCACUACUCGGCCGUCGGCUUCUUCCUGACCGGCUGGUUCAUCUUCACGACGCUGCUGCUCCUCUGCACCCUGCGCUCGACCGUCGUCUUCUUCUCCCUCUUCUUCACCCUCGACCUCGCCUUCCUCUUCCUCGCCUGCGAGAACUACGCCGCCAACAACGGCGCCCUGACGGCGAGCCGCAACCUCCAGAUCUGCGGCGGCACCUUUGGCAUGCUGGCCGCCUUCCUGGCGUGGUACUGCGCCCUGGCCGGUCUGCAAGACGACAGCAACUCCUUCUUCCAGGUCCCCGUCUUCCAUCUCCCUUGGUCCGACAAGGGUAAGGAGCUUCGCAAGGCCAAGAGCAACCGCUCUGUCGCUUAA